AUCACCAAUUGAAUCCGUUAGGAUUCUGUGUCCGCUGAUAUCGGAGCUCUCCUCCCUCCUUCCUCUCUCUCCAUAAGAAUCUGCUCUCAUCCUCUUCACGAGUCGUCGUCGAGCUGGUCCUCGCUUUGCUAAUUCAUCAUCGCAAUGUUGCGGAAACCUUUGCAUGGAUGGAGGAUCAAGCAAGGAAUCCAGAAACUGACAGUGAUUCGCGCGCCUGCACCUCGCCUUUAUCCGGUUCGUGAAUGGGCCGGCUCGGCCAGUCGCCCCACCCCCACCCCACGCACCUCGCUCUCUCCUCUCCCCCCUCUCUUCUUCUCCUUCGCGAUCCGGCCCCCCUCCACCGUCGCGUACUACUCUCGUGCACCCGAGCCCAACGCUGAUUCCGUGGAGGACCAGCUCGAUGAGCCGAACCCCAACGCGCAGAGCCAGGUCGACGAGGAUGCUAAUAUGCCUGAGGACCCUCCCCAACAAGAGUAUUUUCAUGGUAUCCUAAUCCCAAUAGAGGUUGCUAAUAUGCGUGAUGAGGACUCUCCCCGACGAGAACAAGAGUAUUUCGGUGGUUACCCAAUAGAGUAUUUUCCCCUGAUAAUGCAUUGGAGAAAGCGUUCAUCUGAGAAAAUUAGAGAGAGACGCAGGGCAGCAUCAUUGGAGAUGAAGUAUGGUGAGGAGGCAUUGGACCAUUUUUACCAAGAAAUGAGCAAGGAAGUGGAGACAAUUCUUCAUGAGGGAGACCCGAGGCUACCUGAGAAACUCUCCAAGAGGGUGGUGGUCACAUGCCUGCCCCAGGACUGCAGGGACCACCACUGCACGUACGUGUACGUGCUCCGGAGGAGGAGGAAACAGGGGUCUGGAGCGAGUGCUACAAAGAGUGCUGCAAAGGAAUCAUGUAGAGAACUAGAAGUAGAGCUUGCUAUGACUUACUGGCCGAAAGCGAAGGAGGCAGAUGCUCAUUGGCCUAGUGAUCACUUUCCAUUUGAAGUGGAUAGGAUACCACAUAAAUGGAAGGUUGUUAAUAAGUUUGAGUUCUCGAGCCAAGAUGAAGAUGUAUUUCGUGUAGCCAAAGAAGAAGCAAGGAAGUACCCUGGCUGGUUGAUUGCCCAGAACAAGUUAGCCGGCAAGGACAUGGGCAAGGACACGAGCAAUGCAACUCUGGGAAAAGUCUAAGUUAAUUGUUGGGAGCGGAUUAAUGCUUUGGGUGGCCAUCCCAUCGGGUUUCUACUUUAGAUGGAAGAAAUGAAAUGGGAAAAAUUCUGUUGGAUAACCUUUGUUGGAUAACCUUUGUGACGAUGUAAUUUACAUGGAUGGAAAUUGUGCAUGAUCAAUCUUAUUUAGUGACUUCUAUCCUUGGCAUGGCAUGUAAUUUUCGUAACAAGAUUCUGGUAUUCAAGGUAGAUUGUCAGGUGUCAGUCA